CUGGCGAGUUGCAUCUCUGUCGUUCCCUCGUAUUGCUCGGUAUUCUCUCUAUUCCGGCAUUCGUUCUCUCUAAUCCUUUACUGCACCGGCGUUCCAUCUAGCUCUGUUUGUUGUUAGUUUCCCAUGGGGGAAGGAGAGAACUUAUUGGAAGUCAUUUAUGAAGAAGAUGACUUGGAAGAUGUUGAGAUGAUUGAUGUAGAAGAAGGGGAGUGUGUGGACAAUGACUCACAUAUUGGUUCUGGAGAUACUGAUUUAGGACAAAGCAUCGGCGGAAAUGUCAAUUCUGUAAAUCAAGGAUCUGAGAGUAAAACUAAAACCCAAAGGCGAAAGGCAAAUAAGAAGAAGAAUAAGAGAAAGAGGAGAGGUCCUUUGCCAAAUGUGACAGAUGUAAACAGUUUUGUGCUGGAUACGUGUAGACAUUUAAAAGAGAAAAAGUCCUACAUGGUAUAUACUGCUGUAGGCUGUCUUGGUGUUUCUGCACUUAGUGAUCUUGUCAAUGAGGUGUAUGCAAUUCAGUCUUGUGGAGGGCAGAUGACUGCUGAUAGCAGACGUUUACGCACAGGUGGUGGAAUACUAUGGAACAUCAUUAAAGCGCGAGAACCCAUGGCUUACAAAGAGAUAAUGAAAAAAGCAAAGGAAUUUGAGAAGCAAUUUAGGCAACAAACUAUCAGAAAAGCACCAGAGCAAAGAAAAAAUGGAUCCCCUGAAAAAAAUCUCUGUGCAGUUGCUGAUAAGACGACAGUUAAUGCUCCAUAUGCUUCUGAGCAGAUUUAUCAAGAUCAAUGUGAACCAUAUAGUAGUGAGGAAAAGCGUAAAUCUGUUCAUGACAGGAUCAGAGCACCUGUUUCGUAUGAUGACCUUUUCGUGGAGGAUCCAAAAACUGAUUGAAGUUGCCUUCAAUUUUAUUUACACGGAAGUGUGAUACAAGAACAAUUUUGCUUUCUUCUUUAUUCCGAUGGAUACAACUGAUGGGCAAUAUUAAGGAAUGGUUUUGCAAUUGGAGAAUUUGUUUUGAUGCAUUCAAGGUUUGACUUCUUGUCACACAAUUUUUCAUUGCAAUAUCUCUCUGGGGAAUAUUUGACUGCAUUAAACUUAUAAACAUCAUAGAAUACACAAAGAUUGCGGCAUUGCCCAGAGUUUGUUUCGUUUUGAAAUUAAUUAUAAUGCUCAUCCCUCACCUUCUGAA